AUGGAAGCCGACGAACAUCCACCAGCGCAUGAUGGUGUCGUAUCCAAGCUGCACUACCAAAAGUUAGUCCCAGGCAAGCGCACCGGCAGGUACAUCCGUGUGCCGGACGCAGGUGAACUCGCAGACGAGCAUGAAGAAACUGCUGUGCACAUCCGAGAUGCUAGGCAAGGCAUCGCAGCCUCCCUCGAGGUCAAUGGCUUCGAACUGAGGAAGCAGGUGACCCGAUGCUCAAAUUUUCUAGACCCGGCCGAAGUGUCAACGACUUACUACCGGGAAGUGGAAGAGAUUGUGAAGGAGACCACCGGCUGUACAGACGUGAUUGUGUUUGACCACACAGUCCGUGAGACCGGCGCCAGCAGUCUCAACGUGCUUUCCGAGACGUCUCAAGCAGCGGCACCUGUGAUGAGGGUGCACACAGACUAUACCGAUGAGUCGGCACCUCGCAGAGUGCGCGACUUGGCGCGAUCACAGAGCUACACUGGCACGCAGCUGUCAGAGGAGGACUGUGACAGGAUUCUCAGUUCAAGAUACUGCUUCAUAAAUGUUUGGAGGAGUGUGGGCGAGACGCCGGCUAUUCGAUGUCCGCUGGCUGUUUGUGAUGCCAAGUCCGUCGACUACUCGAGAGCGAUCAAGUAUGAGAUGCAUUUCCCAGAUCGCAUCGGCAGCAACUUUGCCCUUGAGUUUUCCCCUGAGCACAAGUGGUACUACUACCCCGGGAUGGACAAGGAUGAGUGCCUUUUGUUCAAGGUUUUCGAGAAAGAACCCUGCAGAACACAGUCAGUAUUUCAUACUGCCUUCGAUGACCCAACAACACCUGUCGAUGCACCAACUCGCCGAUCUAUCGAAUGCCGGACUAUCGCCUGCUUCACAGAGUAA